AUGCCCAGCAAAGGCGUACAGCCGACUGCGCUCGCGUUAGAUGCGCCGAACCCGCUCCCACGUCUCCGCUCGCCGUCUUCGCCCUCUCCCCUCGACUGGAUUCCCGUCGUCUCGCUGCCGGUCCAAUGCAGGCUGGAACACUUCGAGGAGGGACUUCUUGAACUGGUCUUGCAACCCGAGCACAGCAGCUCGACCAUCCUGCGGGCGGAUGUCCAGGCAGACGACGAGCAACCGGGAGAACGGCUCUUCGAGCUGGACGGAUACGCCUGCACGCGGCGGAUACGACGUAGGAUACUGCCGAACAGGCCACAGUUCGACUGGGCGAUGGAGCAGGAGUGCCUCUUCUACGAGCGAACGACGCAUGACUCGGAGGACGACGGGGAAGGUCUUCUCCUCCUUCUCCCCGACUUCGAGCAACUCAAGACGGAGCAGCCCGACGGUCGAUUGCCCUACUAUCAUCCUCAGGCCUCCGCUCUCGCUUUCCGCUUCCUCCCACGGCAAACAGACGCCGCCCUCCUUCGAAUCGACCUGAUCCCGCUACGUUCCCAAGCCGUUUCUGGGCCCCUCCCGCCGACCGACCGCCUCUUCCGAACAUGUCUCGCUCUCGUCAAGUUUGCCGGCAAGCUCUGCACGGGAAAAGCCGACGGCUGGACGAAGCGGAUCCACCAUGACCUUCUCGUUGGCAAGGAGGAAGUGCAGGAUCUGUACCAACAGCUCAAGGACAAAUACAAAACUGACAUCGAGUCUCAAUCGCCUCGGCUCACGUUCAGGUGGAUGCUGCACAACUGGCGCGAGUCGACCGACGCGACGAAGCACGUCUUUGAGGACGUCGCUAUUGCCGCAUGGUUGAUCGUGUUCUGGCGCGGCAUGUACGCCGACUGUGGCGGAAGGCCGCCCGGAGGAUUCGUCGAUGUCGGCUGUGGGAAUGGCCUGCUCGUCUUCAUCCUCGCCGCGGAAGGCUACCAAGGCUACGGCUUCGACCUUCGCGAGCGCAAGUCCUGGGCCUCGUAUUCGUCACCGACUCCCGACCUGCGCGUCCGAUCCAUCAACCCGGUCGACUUGAUCUCACACGCCUUCGAUGAUCCGCCCUCGGAAUUCUCGGCGGACGACGACCUCGCCUGGCCCUUCCCACCCGACUCGUUCCUCAUCUUCAAUCACGCCGACGAGAUGACGCCCUGGUGCGCGCUGUUUGCCGCCAUGACCACUGGCGACCGCGUCGGCUUCCUCAACAUCCCUUGCUGCCUCCACGAGCUCGUUGGUCGAUUCGAGCGACAAGCCUACACGAUCCCGGACGACUACCUCUCGGCCCUUCCCUCUCUCUCGCCUUCCGACACAGUUGACACGACCUCUUCAGUCACGGUAGACGAUCGCUACCCGCUCCUCCGCCCCUUCUACGCCGCCUCCCCCGUCUCUUCUUCCACCUCCUCAAGCGGCGCCUCCAUCCUCGGCGGCCGCUACCACGCCUACCAGCUCUACCUCGCCCACCUCACCCUGUUAUGCGGCUUCCUACCCGAACGUGAGGCGCUGCGGAUCCCCAGCACGAAGAACUUUGGGAUCGUUGGGCGGAAGAGGGUGUGGGAUGUUGCGGGCGCCGACGGGGAGACGGUUGCGGAGGCCAAGGCGAGGGUGCGCGAGGAGGUGCGGAGACUGGUGGAGGAGGUGAAGCGGAAGGGGGAGUGGAGGGCGAGGAAGCCGGAGGGCAAGGCGGGAGAGAGGGAACAUUGA